CCUUUCCGACCUGGCCCAACCCCGGACCGCACACCGACAGCCGAAACAAAGCCCCGCUCGCUCUCCUCCCCUGCACACGCCUCUCCGAUGAUCAAGCCAAGAGUCAUUUCGCAGCUACUUGCCCAGGCCAACACCGGGGGCGUGCACUCGACGCUGCUUCUGAACUUGAACGGGUCUCUGCUGGCGUUUGCCGGUGGAGACGACCGGUUUGCCAAAAUCAUCGCCGCCGUCGUGACCAACAUCUGGUCGACCUACCAAAAAAAUACAUGCGUGGAGGCUGAAUCGGCCUCGGCGCCUGGGCAGCUCCAGACGCUGCUGCUAGAAUGCGAGGAAGGACGGGUGGCAUUGACCCGAGUGGACAAGCUGCUACUCUGUCUGGUCGGCAGCAACGAGACCGAGUUUGGUAUUCUCAGGAUGAAGGCCAAUGCUCUCCGGAGCCACAUGGAAGAGCCGCUGAGCCAGAUCGCGGUGUGAAACCGGGACGGCGCACACAGGCCCUAGCAAGCCCUAGCAAGCCCUUAGGGCUGUCGCGCCGCAGCACACAAGGGGGCGUGUGUGUGCUCGGGCCGCAAGCCGGCCGCGGCAGUGUGUCUGUGGGCAGCAGCAGGCGGCCGGCCUGUCCAUAAAUGGAACGACACACGCACAGACGCCCGUCUUGCAAUACACGGUGUGACACAACGCC